AUGCAACCCAAGACUGCCGCCCUCCUUCUCUCUGUUCUAGCCAGCGGUGCCAUUACCAUGGCUGCUCGCAGUGCCCUGGAGACGGAACAAUACAGGGCGCUGGCAGAUCAACUGCACUUCGAUCCGGCUACAUCGUCCGACAGCAUUCAAAAGAGAAUGGAAGCUAUGGUCCAGCGCCAGGCCGAUAGCGGUGGUGACGAUAGCGGUGGUGAUGACAGUGGUGGUGAUGACAGUGGUGGUGAUGACAGUGGUGGUGAUGACAGUGGUGGUGAUGACAGUGGUGGUGAUGACAGUGGUGGUGAUGAUAGUGGUGGUGACGAUAGUGGUGCAAAGAAGCUCAAGCGUCAGGGCGGCGACGAUAGCGGUGGUGACGAUAGCGGUGGUGAUGAUAGCGGUGGUGAUGACAGUGGUGGUGACGAUAGCGGUGGUGACGAUAGCGGUGGUGAUGACAGUGGUGGUGAUGACAGUGGUGGUGAUGACAGUGGUGGUGAUGACAGUGGUGGUGAUGAUAGCGGAGGUGAUGAUAGCGGUGCUUAA